UCGUGUUCACCCCUCUCUCUCUCUCUCUCUCUCUCUCUCCUCUGGUGGCCAGCACGCAUCCCUUCUUUUCUUGUAAGUUUUCUUUCCUUCAGUUCUUCAAUCGGCUCCUUUUUGUGAUCACUAAAAUCCAUAGCGAUAAUCGGAUCGUUUCGAUGCCUUAAUCUACUUGUUUUAAGUUUUUUAUUACUCGCACCUCGUUAUCAUGAUCGUGUUCUUAAUCAAUGGAACUCCAUCAGCUUGAUCCGUUCACGUUAUUAACCGUUCUAGUUCUUCUUAAUUCGUUUUGUAACACACACACACACACACCCCAAUUUUUCCUUUGUGUGUAAAUAUACGAGUAUCUAUUGUAUAGACGUGUGCACAUCAUUCUAGGUCAAAAGAGGAACAGUAUUUGUUUUUGGAGACUUGUUGAAGUUCUAUGUGAAUUCCUUUCAGGUUCAUUUACAAGGUGAGCAUCGACGAGGUAGAUGCGUUGUCUGUUUCUCUAUGUAUAGCUAUGAAUAGGCCUGAAAUUUCGAACCUUUUAUGAAAUAUUUGAGAGUUUUUUUGGUGUUACCGGGAGCAAGCUUGGGCCAAGAAUAGCGCACGGGAAGUGUAUUGGGAGAUAGAGGAUUACCAUUUUUGUGCAGAGAAACAUGGAUUUGCAGGGUAAUGUACAUAGUGAAUACGGAAGAUUUGAACAAAUAGUUACGCAAUUCCUAUCGAAAAGCUUGCAUAUCAUUUUAGACUCUAGGGUUCCUUCAGUUCGUCAAAAUGGUCGCAACCUGUUGUCGGGCACUCCGGUGACGAAGAGCGACAAAUGGUUCAGCUUAAAACUUGGAGAUCGUCCUGCUUCGUUAGAUAACUUAAAUUUGUGGCACAGAAAUUUGACGGAACCAAUGAUAAUUGACAUAUUACUUGUUCAAGAAGUACCCGAUUCUUCGUCUGAUAACAACCCCACCACUACGUUGGGAUUGGGAAAGUACGUUGAGACAGUAAUAGAAAGAUGGGUUGUUCAGUAUGAGUAUAGCAGGACCUUGUUUCCUCAUGUUGUUGAAUCUUCGUCCUCUUACAAGAAAACAUAUAAGAAGUCAAUCAUACUAUUGCGUUCCCUUUAUGCAAUGAUGAGGCUCCUUCCAGCAUAUCGGCCCUUUCGGAAGCUAUGUUCAUCAACUCAAGCUUCUGAUUUUGAUAUUAACUACAAGGUUUCUUCAUUUAGUGCUCCAUUUUCGAGGGAAGAGGAGGAAGUGAUGAAACCAUAUAAUUUUGCCUAUGUAGAUGCCCCACAAGGUCGCCUUUCCAUAUCCGUGACUUAUCGUGAGAAUCUUUCUUGUUUCAACCUCAACACUUCUAUCGCAUAUCCACCACAAAUUAUUACGGACUAUGUUGGCAGCCCUGCCACUGACCCUUUUAGGGCUUUCCCCUCUUCCGAGAAGGGUUUCAGUGCAACAUCCUUUUCACUGAGAGGGGUACAAUCGCCUUCUUCUACACCAUUUCAACGUCCACACAGUUGGACAAGUGGCCUCCACAGGAUGUCUCCUUCAACGCAAGCCCUCGGCGGAUCUCCACCCGUGCACCGGACGUCCACCAUUCCCUAUGAAUCUUCAUCUCCGCCCACUGAUAUAUACAGUCAUAGGAUUCAAAACUACAAGUCAGUGACUCAUCAUAAGUCAACCAGUUUUGACGAGCACCAGCUUUCACCUCCAUUCUCACCAUCUCCUUCUCCGUCUCCCCCAACAUACCUUUCUGGUGGUAAUCCUGUGAAAGUCCGUCGGCAUUCAGAGACCGCUCCUAUGAUUAUCCCACACCCGAUGAUGGGGAGAAGUCCUAGACACCUUUCUCCCAAUUUGUCUGAUCCAAAUAGACAUUCACUCCCGCCUUUAUCUCCCAGAAGCACAAAGUUUGAUGCUUCCUCGCAGGAUUCCACAUCUGGAAUCAGGUUGCCAAGAAGAUCAGAGUCAUUAAGAGGUGGCGAGUCUCACUCUGGGAUGUCAAAUCUUUUUUCAGGCCAGAAGGGGUUAAGAGAUAGCAAAGAUGACUCAGGCCGUUUUUCAGGUUUGCUAUCUUCAAGUGACUCACCACGCAUUGGAUUCUCAAGAAGCUCCAGCAAAUUAUCUUUCCAAGAUGACUUUGAUGAUUUUGACUUCUCGGGCCCUUUUAUUGUCGAUGAUGUUGACACAUCAGAUUCCCCUGUCAGUCAGAAUCUUGAUGGGAAAAGAAGUUCAGAGUUUACAAAAUCACAAGAUGCUGCUGUCGGUGCCCUUGUUCAAAUGUUGAGAACAGCACCUCCUCUCCGGCAAGAUUCAAGCUGUUACUCAUCUCAUUCCUCGAAGACUGAACUUGAGGGAGAAGUUGGUGCCAUUUCGUCAGGGUUCUUUUUGCCUCGAAAGACAUCAGAUGCUCUGGAGGAGCUCAGGAGUUUCAAAGAAAUGAAAGAUUUGCUGCUCUCCAAAAGUGGAACACAGUUGGUUAGAAAAGAAGCGUAACCUUGCUGCUUGGGUCAUUUAUAAUGUUUUGGAACACUGUGGAUUCUGAGGAAAAUUGGAAUCUGAUGAUUGGUUCUUGAUGCCGGGGCAGCACUAUUAUAAGUUCACAAUAUGUGCUUUAACAUGUUUACAGCAACAAAUUUUCCUUUUUCCUGGAGAUAGGUUGACAGAUCAUGUACAUAAUAUGACUGAAAUUAAGUAUCAUAAACUAAUUGUUUAAUUUACUGUCUUUGAUGACUUCCAAAA